AUGAGAUCAAAAGCCUUGUCUUCUUGUAAACUACUAUAAAAAUUCUCAAAAGAUUCACUUUACUAAUUAACUAAAUAUAUGGAACAUAUCCAUUACAAUCCAAAUGAAAUAAUUUAAUAGCAGGAUUAAUCGUUGUAUUUGAUUGAUUCAGGAGAAAUUGAAGUUUAUGAAUAUGAUAAACCAUUGUUAACAUUAAAAUAAGGAGACUAUUUUGGAGAAAUUCCCUUUUUUUCUGAUAUUUCAAGCAAAACAAUUUUUAAGGCCUUAGAAUUUACUCGACUAUAUAAAAUUAAUUAAUCUAAUUUCUUACAAAUUAUCUCCUCAAAUAAAGUGGAUCAUGAAAGAUUUAUCUAUAUCAAACAUUCACUUAUAAAUGGAAAUUUUAACGUUAUUAAUAUAAAAUGUUACUCUUGCAAUUCUUCUAAUCAUUUAAUAAACAGUUGCCCUUUGUUGAACUAUAAACCAGAUAUUGAAAAGAUGAUUAAAAAAGAUAAUUUUCAUUAAUAGAAUAGAACAAAAUUUUUUCGGGAUAAAAACGUAGAUUAGAGAGAUUUUAAUAAGACUUUUAAAAGGAUUUUCAUCAAUUUUGAUGCUUUAAAAAUGUUUAGAUUGAAAUAUGAUCUUAUUGAUCAAGAUGAUUUCUAUCCAAGAAGCAAUGAAAUAAUUGAGACUGAAGAUAUUGAAUCUGAUACAGAAUCAGCUGAAUCUUAUGAAUAAUAUUAAUCAGAUUAAAUACUCUCAGAUAAUAGGUUUAUUGAUAAAUAAGAUGGUACAAUCGUUAGUAUUAUAAAGUAAUAAGAUUAAUUGAGAGACAAUUCUAAAAUAUUAUUAGAAGUUGAUGAUAAUAUUGAAGAAAUGUUUAUAAUUAGGCCAAAUAAUUAAAAAACAACAAUUAGUACAGCCUAAUUCUAAUUUGAAUAGUAAUAACAAUAAUAGUAAUAAUAGUAAUAAUAAUAACAAUAAUCAUAGUAAUAAUAGUAAUAAUAAUAAUAAUAAGCAAAUCAAGCAUCAUAUAGAUUUUCGUUAAUGCCAAUAGAUACAAAGGUUAGAAAACAAUCAUCUUCGCAAUUAGAAUAAGUAUCAUCUCAAAAUAUAGCUACUGAAGGAUAGAUUCCAUCAGUAAAAGGAUCAAAACAUAAUUCCCAAAUUGCUUUUAAAGGUGAAUAUAGUGAUAAAUUAAAAUUUGGAUCUUAAAAUAAAAUUGCAAGUUAUAUAAGUCUUGAUAAUAAGAUAAAAAAAAACUUAUCAAGAAUAAAAGAAGAAGAUUCUGAUACAUUAAAUUUAUCAAAUCGCUAUAAUUCAGAUGAAUAACAAAGUUCAUAAAACAUGAGGUAUUUUUAUAGAUAAAGUCAAAAUUCAUUGCCUUCAAGAAAUACCUAUUUGAGGCCAUCUAUGAAAAGAAUUUCAUCUAAAAUAUCAUCUAUUAAUUUUAUACCUGGAACAAGAACAUAUAAUAAAACAAAUACACCAUUUACAAGAUCUUUUGUAAACUUUCCUACCACAGGAAUAGUGGAUUUAAGUAUGUACAAAAGAGAAGAUUAUAAAUCUGAAGAUUUUGAGAUGAUGUUUGUUUAUACAAUAUAUUUUCCUUUAGGAAAUUAUCCAAAUAUAAUAAAGAGGUUGAAUUAUUAUUUAAAAUGCCAAUUGUAAGAAUUUGUUCAAUCUAAAUAUACCUUUUAAUAUAAAGUAAAAUAGUUAAGUUAGAAACACAGUUUAUUGUAAAUGAAUCCAGAUUUGUUAAACGUUAAGAGUUAAUCUAAAACAAUAUUUGAAUGA